AUGUCAGCUGAAGAGGAAAAGAAAUGCCCCUGCACAGAAAGUCCUACUGAGAGCCAGGCGUCUCUGCCCCUGUGUUUCUGCCCAAAGGAUGAACACGACCUCGUCAAACAUAACGAGCAAUGCGUAUACUAUAGAAAUGAAACUCUUAUAUUUCCGCAGAUCGAGGGGUGCCAGUGUGAGACCCCGCCUGCCGAAGACGGUGAGUGCCGGUGCUGCCGCUGUCCAGUCGACGAGUGCAAGUGCAAUAAGGCUGGCAGAGAAGUUUUUGACGCAUGGCGCAACAAGCGUCCGAUGGGUGCGAUGCCAGCUGUUCUCGAGUCUUCGCAUCCCUUGAUGCAGCGCUUCCAACAAACCCUCAAGCAAUUCUUGGAAAAAGAGAAUGCUAUUGCCGAGGAAGAGAUUUUGAAUUUGCGCGAUGAGCUGAGACUGAGCAAGCAGGGAUAUGAAAGAGAUUUGGAAGCUAUUUAUAGAAGUGACCAUGAUACCAAUGCGCAGAGGAUUUUGAUUGGAGAAUACGAAACGACAUUAGCCAAGAGCACCUCGGAGAGACAAGCGGCGGAGCAGCGCGCGCGGGACGCCAACGAGCAGUAUCAGAGGGCCAAGGAAAAACUCGAUCAAAUGAUUAUGACUGAGCGUGAGGCCACAGAAGAAUUGGAGGCGCUAACAAGCCUGUGCCGCCAGCUGGAGGCGUGGCGCGAGGAAACCGAGUCCGACCUGACCGUGAGCCAACGCAUGUCGGACAAGAUGCGAGCCGAAAAGCGGGCGCUCGCUGAUGAGAAGCGGCAACUGGACAUGAUUAUAUACGGCUUGAGUAAUGAAGUAUGGAAAUUAGAGUCGAAGUUGGAAAUGUUUCAAAAGCAGCUCGAGGUGAAAAACAAUGAAAUGGAAAAAGUUAACGAUAAGGUGACAGCAUACGCAGCAGAGCUGGAAGAUUUGGAGUUGGACAAGAAACGCCUUGUGAGCUUGUGGAAUUCAGUGCUGAUUAACAUUCAACAGAGAGACAAGGUUUAUGACUCCGUAAGAGAUGACUAUAGGGUCCUUCAAGAAAAUUACCGCACGCUGUUAAACAAUUUAGAGAUAACCAAGAAAGUCACGAUGGAAGAAAUGAACAAAGGGAAGGAGCUUGCAAUGAAUAAGGAUAAGCUGGAAUAUGAUAUUAUGGGCGCCAAAAAACUUUACGAAACAGAAGAGUCGAGAAGGGUUAACUUAGAGGCGCAAAUUGCACAACUUACUGAGUCGAUUGAGAUGACGCAACGCGAUCAGGAUAUGAUAAAUUCCGAGAACCAAACAAUGAGAAACAUUUUGAAAAGCACGGAGAAAGAGUACGACCAUCGUAUUGAACAAAAGUUGAAAUUAGAGAAUGAAAUACUGACUAAUCUUCAAGAGUGUCUCUUGAACGACAAAGCUGUAGAAUCUAUGGCCAAUGGUAUCAAGAAGAUGAGGGAAAUGUCUCGAAAACAGGAGAUAACCUUAAUGGCGAUGGAAAAUAAUCACGCAAAGAUGAUGCUCGAUAUUGAAGUGAAUAGAAACAGACAAGCUAAGAACAAGAUAAUCCUUGAUGAAACGUUAGCGAAAGUGAGAGAGAGGGAGAAAGAGAUUGAACGACUGCAAGAGAAAUAUGAUCAGAAAUCACUGGUCAUUUUGAGGAAGCAGCGGGAACUUGAUAUAAUUAUGAAGAAGUAUACUGCUCUCAAGGAAGUGUUUGAUUUAAAGUCCCCACAAGAGCGUCGCAUUGAAGAGUUGGAGCAGCAGAUAAAGUCGUUGCGAGAGCGCACCGAGAGCAUGCAGCACGAGUGGCUGCGGCUGCAGGGGCACGUGGUCAAGCUCACUUCGCAGCAUCACAAGAUCAUCUUUGAUGUCAAUCUUAUUAACAAACAGAUCCAAAUCUGCGAGCAGAAGACAAUGCGCAUACAGGCGGAGUGCGAGCGCGUGGACGGGGAGCGCGCGCGCGUGGAGCGCACGCUGCGCGAGCUGCGCGGCCGCCUCGAGGUGCUCGAGCGCACGCGCAAGGACUCCACGGAGCGCAACCAGUACGCGCACAAGACGAACGUCGCUAUCACACACGAGUAUGCCGCUAACUUGAAGGAUGCUGAAACUGACAUAAUUCAACUGGAGGAAGACAUAGAAGCCAUGGAGAAAGAGAAAAUCAAUCUCACUCAAGAACUUGAUCGUGUUCAAAGAGAAGCUCUUAUAUGGCAAAGAAAGGGUAUUCUAGCUGUCGAUCUUAAACGGAACAUUCAGAACGCUAAAUCAGCUGCCGGAGAGAUUGGACAGAUGAGAGCAGAGAUACACCGCAUGGAAGUACGCCGCGAACAACUACGUAAGACAAGCGAGAAGCUGGCAGAGGACCUAGCGCUGUACGUGACGCGGCGCGAGACGGUGAUGGAGAAGAGCCGCGCGGCUGCCGCCGUGGAGCGCGCGCACGGCGCGGGGCACACCUCGCAGGCGGCCUACCACCACCGCUUGCGCCUGGUGCGCGCGGACGUUGCGAGGGUCACUAAGGAUCUAUCGGAAACAAGGCAGCGCUACGAGUCGCUGCAGAGCGAGCAGGAGCGGCUGGAGCGCGAGGCGGCGGACACGGGCGCGCUCAACGCGCAGCUGGAGGAGCGCGUAGCCUCGCUCAUGCGGGACAUACAGGAGGCCGACCAGAAUAAACAAUGGCUUCUAGAAAGAGUGGUCCGCAGCCAGCGUUUGGGUACCGAGCUUGCUACGGCUAUAAAGCGGCAAUCGGUUCGCGUCAGGAAGCCCAGAGCGGUGGUCAUCACGGAGUUCAACCAAGGACAGGCUCUCAACGACAAGCUCAAACACAUUGUGCACACCUUGGCCAACGAAUACCCGUACUUGCGGGACAAACUCGAUAUGAUAGCGAAUACUUUGAAUAUACAUUCUCCUAACGAGUCGCCGAGGCUGGUCGAGGAUUGCGCUUGUGAAGUAAACGAAUUGGAAGCUGGCUUUGAAAACAUAGCCGAAAAACCAGAUGAGGAGUGAUUUAGACUAUUUCCUGUAUUGUGUGGAGUGCACUGUGUUUUAUAAGGCUGUAUUUUGACUUGUGUGGUCUUUUGGAUUGAACAAUUUGUCGAUGUUUAGAAGUUAACGUUAUUUAUUGAAAAA